UCAGCAUAUUCUGGGAUUCUGUGAAAUGAUUGUCCACGCACUAGAAGCAAUAUAUAGCAAAUAAGUUGUUCAUACUGAAUUGGGAAUGUACAUUUAGAUAGGUCUGUUAAAUUACAUGUCUUAAUAGGAGCGUAACAAGUGGUGAGUGACAAAAAAAAUGUUUGUUAAAUAAGAAGGAGUCUGUGAUGUGGAUAAAGUGAACAUCUGGGCAGCUGAUGGAGUAUGGCAAAGUGGGAUUAAUGAAAAGAGCAUGAAGGAGACUAGAGAUAACGUUCUCGCCAACAUCCAUGCACACCAGGACUGGACAUCACAGACAGCAGAAGGUCAAGAAGUCCUUGGAAAAUAAAAAGUCUAAGCAAUUUGAGGAGGUGGAAACUACUGUUCUAGGAGUGAACAGUAACUGUGAUGACACAGUGAGCAACGGUUCUUCUGCCUCAGCGAAGAGCCCAGUGAACGGGAGCACAGAGUCCAGAAGCAAGCGGACCAUCCGCAGACCUGCUUACUGGCUGGAGAUGAGAGGAGUGAAAAACAGUGUUAACAAAUCUCCAGAAAAAAAAGGAGAAGUACUAUUGAAAGGCAAGAGGAAAUCUGAGCAAGGGGAAGGCGAAGAUGUUGAAGACUCUCCCAAGAAGAAGCAAAAAGUUUGGGGAAUCCUUCAGGAAUCCCAAGAGCCUGAGACCAGACAGAGGGAAAGUCUGGAAGAAGGAAGCCUUACGCUCAGUGAAGGAGGACAAGCAGGAAAAAACCAGCAAGCUGGAACAAAACAAAACUCCAAGAGGAAAGGCCACUGUGUUCAGAAAGAGACAGAAACCUAUGACACAGGUAGUAUGGAAGAGCAGUGGUCUUUGGAGAUCCAGGACAAAGGCCGAGUUACCUGUCCCACCUGCCGGGCUGUGGUGAGGAAGACUGUAGAAGGACUGAAGAAACAUAUGGCAAACUGCAGGCAGGAAAUGUUCACGUGUCAUCAGUGCGGGAAGCAGCUGAAGUCUUCAGCAGGGAUGAAAUACCAUGUCAUGGCAGACCAUAACAAUCAGCCAGUUGUGAAGGAGGGAGAGGAAGUGGACGAGCAGCUUGAGCGAGACCGCCUCCGGAAGGUUUUGAAGUGUAUGGGAAAACUGAAGUGUACAAGGGAGGGCUGCACAGGCACCUUCACCAGCAUAAUGGGAUACCUGUAUCAUGUUAAAAAAUGUGGGAAGGCUGCUUCUGAGCUGGAGAAAAUGGCUAUGAAGUGCCAUCACUGUGGAAAAGCAUACAGAUCAAAGGCAGGACUGGUGUACCACCUCCGCUCCAAGCACGGGCCGGUCACUUUCCUCCAUGAGGAGAGAAGAACAGGGGACCUGAUGGAAAUGAAACAGGAACAAAACAACACAGGCAGAGUUCAGAGGAGAUCUGCAAAGGUGGCAAUCUACUAUCUCCAUGAACUGGCUGGAGAAGAGCUGGCCAAAGAGUGGCCCAAAAGAAAAGUUCUGCAGGACUUGAUUCCAGAUGACCGGAAGCUGAAAUACACUCGGCCUGGACUGCCCACGUUUAGUCAAGAUGUGCUGUGCAAAUGGAAAGCAGAGAUAAAGAUGUACCGAAGAGUCCACUGCCCAAAUCAGGGUUGUGAAUCUGUGUACGGCAGCGUCUCAGGACUCAAAUCUCACCUCGGCACAUGUACCUUGGGAGACUUUGUGGCUGGUAAAUACAAGUGUCUCCUGUGUGAGAAGGAGUUCAUUUCAGAGAGUGGGGUCAAGUAUCACAUCAACUCUGUGCAUGCUGAGGACUGGUUUGAUAUGAACACAAUGACCACCAAAAGCUUUGAGAAGCUAAUGAAAAUCCGCCAAAGGGAAGAGCAGAGGAAGCAACGGAAGAAACGUCCUUUGACCAGGGGCAAAAAGAAGAAAGCUGGGACCCUGGCUGCCAAGAAACUCCCCACUGCUGGAGUUGAAAAAAUGAGGAAAAAGAGGGGUCGUCCACGGCGGGUGGACAAUGAGAGUGCGAGCAGUGAGGAAGGAGCACCCCAAGUUGCACAGAGAGCUGAAUUUCCUAAAACCAGCCGCAAGCGAGGCCGAAGCAAAUCCCUAGAGGAUGAGAAGGUGUAAUUCUAAAGCUUUUCAAUUACAAGCCCCACUUCUGUCCAACUCAUAACUCACAGCACUAAUAUAAGCAACUGGAUGUCUUUGGGACUUGUGACUCAAUUCUACUCGGUGACUUUGAUAUUGAAACUUUUGCCUCUGCUCGGUUGUGAGGGAUUCAAACCAAAGCUGUGGUGCAGAGGCUGCCUCUUCUGGUAUAGUUCCCUUGGACAGUGGCACUAGCAGUGUACCCAGUGUGAUUCCUGCUCUGGUUACAUCUCAGUCUCAGAUUGGUCACAUUAGUUGCUUGUUUAGUGGUUUCCAGUACAGCAGAUGUCUGUUUUGUCAUUUUCCUCAGAUGGGUGAGAUCAGGGUUCUUUUUUAGCAGUUCUCCCCAUAAGGGACUGACUAGCACAAUGUUUAGGUCUCUUCAAGGGGGAAAUCCUUUCUUGCACAUAAUGCACACAAACUAAGCAGUGCUGUGCAGAAUGCAAAGUCUUUGGCUUGCCCUAUCACUGUCCUGCCUGUUGUCAGCAAGGCUGCCACAGAAGAGCAGAGACCUUCCCAGUGUUUGCUGUAGCCUGUUGCACAAGGCUCUAAUUCAUGCCCUGGUGUUUAGGCUCAGCAGCAGAUGAGCACAGGUCUGCUUGGAAGAGAUGGGACAUCAUCAUUUACCCUUGUCAGGAGCCCACCGUUCCCCUGGCAUCUGUCUCCUGUAAUGCUGGGCAUUAAAGAUGCAUAAAGAGUCUUCUAGUGCAGCGAGGAAUAAUUGCUCUCCAGCCCUUUAGAGACUCACUGGCCUUUCAGAGCCCCCAGUAAGUAAUAUACUGAGAUGGCCUUUGUGUGCCCACUGAAGCCCCCUUGUUUCAGACUGACCUGGGAAACGUGCUGCAAUACUGCACACCUGCAUUGGCAGCCUGCUAGUGCUGGAACCAGGUUCAUGGAGCUGCCUUGCCAGCAUGUGGUUCUUUGUCGUGCCCGUGCUUCCACAGUGUCCUUUCUUCCUGCACUGCAGAUGCCACCUCCAUUGUCUUACAUCACCUGUUUCUUUUCAGCACCACUUCCUCUGUGCUCAUGACGUAUAUUAGCAGUGGCUUCCCUGGGUAGAAAAGGUUAGUAGAAGAGGGAUCAUCAUUUUAAGUCAUGUGUUGGCAUUAGCUCUGUAUUAUGAGGAAUAAUAUCUUCCUGUGCUCCAUAAAUCAUAGAAUCAUAGAGUGUUAAGGGGUUGGAAUGGACCUUAAAGAUCAUUUAAUCUGCACUCCCCCAACAUGGGCAGGGACACCUCCCACUGGACCAG